GCGCACAUUCGGAGCGUUUAGGAGGGAGCUAAUUGGUUGCAUGAUGUAAACAUGGAAUAAAAUUCGCAAGGCGGCAUUUCCUUUUCCCAACGCACUUCGCCAUUAAUGACGAUUAAUAAUACAUGAGGUGCUGGCUACCAAUUACGGGUCUGUCUCUACAACUCAGGACAGGCAGAGAGUGGAAAAAAAUUGAAGCCAAGAGUGCAGAAGAGGAGAGAGGAGUUCAGCUUUGUUGCAUCCUCGCUUCAGGGUUUUCUGGAGUUGCUUGGUGGCUCUGGAGCGAACCUGGUUCGCCCGAACCCAGUGCUGGCUUGUUCAAGCGACCAACGAGGUUCCGAGGGCUUUAUUCUCCUUUUGGAUCCGAGAGUGACAAAAGAGCACGCCAAUAUGUUGCAUUUCUGAGGAUGUCACAUCUCCAUGGGUGAGGCCCGCUGAUCCAGUAAUCCCUGCGCACACACCCCUCCGCCCCUUACCUCUGCCCUCGGACGCAGCCCUCUCCAGUCACCAUGACUUCCACCAGCCAGCUGUUGGGUUUGGCUGACGUGGGGCUGAAGUGUGACCAGGAGAUUGAGAGGAGAUAUGAGAUCGUGCCCUCGGUGGUCUGCUCCAUGUGCUGCCUCUUUGGAAUCAUCUACUGCUUCUUUGGCUAUCGAUGCUUCAAGGCUGUGUUGUUUCUCACAGGCCUAAUGUUUGGCUCUGUGGUCAUCUUCAUGCUGUGCUACAAGGAGAGGGUGAUGGACACUCAGCUGAGCGUGGAGGCGUCCGUGGGCAUCGGCCUCGGCAUCGGGACCCUGUGUGGUCUGGUGACCAUGUUGGUCCGCAGUGUGGGGCUGUUUAUGGUGGGCCUGCUGCUGGGCCUGCUGGCCGGGGUGGCAUCACUGGUGGCCAUGGAGGAGUUUUAUCACCCUAAAACGGUGUGGGUUCCUCUGGGCAUUCUCCUGGGCUCUGGAACCUUGUUUGCUGUCCUCACUCUUCAGUGGCAGCGCUGCUUCGUCACCUUGUCCACAGCCACGUUUGGCUCCGCUAUCAUCACUGUCACGGUGGAUUAUUUUAUAGAGCUGUUUGCCUUGGUGCAGUACAUCUACGAGAGACUCAAGGUGGCGCCAAAGAAGCCAGUGUGCUGGUUUACAUGGGUCAUCUUGGGAGUCUGGCCUGUCCUGGCCCUUCUUGGAGUGCUGAUCCAAUGGAAAGUUACAGCUGAGGGAUUUUCUCACACAGAGGUGGUUCUGAGUCGGCAACAGCGGAGGGUCCAGCUCAUGCGAAUCCGUCAAAGGGAAGAGAGGCUGAAAAAGGAGAAGGAAAGCAAGAAGAAGAAAAAACGCCAGAGCCAGAAGAACAUCCUCAAGCAGAAGAGUCACACUCAUCACCACCACCAGCAUUACCACCACCCUGCAGCGUCCCAUCCUCAUCACCAAAGCCAGACCUCUCAGCCACCUAAAGUUCCUCCUCCUCCUCCUGCUCCUUCUCAGACAGAACCUGGCUACCACCGCAAGCCCAAUCCGAAAAGACGCUUUGAUGGAGAUGUGCUGUCUCCGAGCUACAUCAGGAGUUUCAGGGACAGACAGACUGACAGGCGGCCAUACUCCCACAGUCGAAUGAGUCGCUCUCGAAUGGCCGAACUGGACUACGACUGCGGAUCUCAAGUGCCCCUGACAGCCCACAACGGACCUGCAGUUCGCAUCUGAGCCAGGGAAUUGCACACAACAAAACAAGAGCACACAAUCACAAGCUACUUCAAAACUCUCAGUCACCACUAGGGAUGUCAAACCCUACGUUGCCGUGCCAACCCAAUCAACUGCCCAUUUACGAAACAGGAGCUUGUUAUGUUCCAAAGUUGGUAUGACCCAAACUGCUUCUCUUCUCUCAGAACUGUCAAAUGUUGAAUUUAUUUGAUGAGUUUGGCCCCGUUUUUUUCUUUGCGAAUUUCAAAAUGAAAAGAAAUUGUUUUGUUUUAAAAGCCCCAAGAGUUUUGGGUCAUUGUACACUUUAUUUGGCUCCCGAGUUAAUGUACUCUCCUUGAGGACACUGCGGGGAAAAAAGGAGCUUUUUUUUUUUUCAAGCUAACAAAGUAAACUAUUACAGUCAUAAGAAGUCCGUUCCAGUGGGAGUGUAGUGGGAAGGAAAAAUAAUCGCAACAAUGCACUUAACAUUCGUACCCCUCCAGAUAAAGCAGCAUCAUAUGUCUUUUAAGUCAGGGUAAUGAAUUUUUUUCUUUACCUUCACCGUUAUCUUUAGUCUGAAGGUAAUUACUGGACAAUGUGUUUUGUUUUAGGAUUCGGUGGGGGACGCUUUGCGUAAAAUGUCACACAACAAACUCCAAGGCAGCUCUUCCUCAUCACAUUUCCAUGAAAGGCCACCGUGUGAAGUUAAGCGUUCACGACGUCAGCAUUUUGUUAUCACUGACAGUAAAUUUAGAUGCAGUAGCGCAAGCCCUGUGCUACUUUAAAAAGAGGACCAAUUUUAGAUGUGAAGUGGAUUAAACAAAAACAGUCUUUUUUCUGUUUUCCACUCAUAAAUUAGUGUCAUUACUUGUAUUGUUGUCAUAUUCCAGGUAGAGUGUGUUUAUUUCUUAUAAUUUUCCUUCUAUAUAUGAUCCCCGAUUGUUCCAACCAGAGAUUUUAACAGGAUACACAAAAAACCUGUACUUUCAUUUUCUUUUCUUAUUCCCCUUGAUUUCAAAACGUUUUGUAUGUAUAGUAAUAGUGUUGAUACAUCUCCAAGUGCUCCCUUUUCUUCCGGUUAUGUCAAGAACGACUCACCUAUGUGGGAUUUGUUCAAGACAAAAAGCUGCUCUCUGAAAAUGGUCAUCCAGAAAUCUGUAUGUUGUAAAAAAAAAAAAAAAAAUAUGCAAGAGUUUUUGAAAUGUCAGUUUCUAUGUGUGAGUCGACAUAUGACCCCGUCUCUGAUGGAUGUUACCAAAUAUUAGCCAACGAGAGCGGGAUUCACUUAAAUUGCUGAGGUGUGUUCUGUACUCUUCCCCCCUCUUUUUUGCCAAUAUAAUGGUAUACUUGAAAAUAUGACUCACUGAUGUAUGUAUGAUAUGUUGUGUAAUGAAGAGAAGGUUUAAAAAGAAGCCCCCCCCCCCUCCCCGACCCCCCAUUCCUGGACAAAAGACGAUGGAAGCGUUUACAAUAGCGCCCUCUAAUGUUUACUGCUCGACGUGUCUUCUGGACUCCCUCUGUGUGUGUGUUUGUGUGCAUUUGCAUUAACAUGUUUCUCUCUUUGAAACUCAAAUGGGCUCCAUGGAUUGACAAUGUGUUACAUUCCAGGAACGGGAUUGCGAAAAGAAGAUUAUUGCAGAAGAAGAACUGUUUUCUACUUGAACCUAGUGAGGGUAAAAUACAACACAUCAGAAAUGACACAACCGGACAUACAAAAUUCAGCUUCUGAAUGGCUACUUGAAAUAUGUGAUAUGUGUAUUUUUGGUUUAUUGAACUACAUCCUUAAGUACCACUAAAUAAUGUGGGUACUUGGACUUGGCAGAGAGGACCAAUUAUUUCCAUCAUACAUCUUUAUUGCAUGACAAUACCUGUGUAAAUCGUCCAAUGUGUCGUGUCAUUGUUGCCAUGUGACAGUUUCAGACUUUCAGUUUAGUUUGUUGGUCCAAACUUCUCUUCUCUUCUCUUCAUUUACACUGUUAAAGGGCUUGAAAUGGAGGCAUCUAUUAUGUUAAGCCACCCACUAUUCUGCUGUAUUGAAUUAUUCCAGUAAUCUUUCACAGUAGUGGCUAUAAAAGUGUAAUUUUGGUUUGUUUACACCUCAGUCAUGCAUUGGUUUGUUUUUCUUUUUGACUGUGGUGCAAUUUUAAACAUUGUUAGCCUCGACUUGGAAACAAUAUGUAAAUUUGAAACGUCGCUCCCUCUUUUGGAGACAAAACUAAUAAUAAUUAAAAUUAUAUUGUUUAAUUUUUCUUUCUUACAACUACUUUCUGUUACUUCCUGUCAAAUCAUAGUCUGUAUGUUGGGGAAAUAUUUUGAUUGUACAUAUUGGCCUGUAAAUAAUCUUUUCAUGUACAAAUGUUUGGCUCCACUUUCAUAUUUACACCAUGGACAUUUAUGCAGCUUAUUCUUUUCUAAUGGAGUAGCGCUUUUAUGUUGUGAUUCUGUACUGUAUGUAUGUCAUUUGGCUCGGUGCAGUUGCGCUUGCUGUUUUAAUAUUUGACGAUGAAAAUUCAGCAAAGAAACUGAGCCUUGACUAUGAAUCUUCCUUUUCUUACACCCACUUUGAAUGUGUAUCAAUCAGCUGGUUAGUGUUAUAUUAUCAUUCUCAUUAUUAUUAUUAAGCAUGGACUUAUAUGGACCUAACAUAUGAUAAACAUUG